AUGGAGAAAUGGAUCAGCCUGUUUCGAAUCUCAAAGUUCGAGAGUAGCGCAGCUAAAAAUGAAAGGAAGCAAAGGAUUGCACCGUCUCGUCCUCUUAUUAACCGAUAUCUUCACAGUAAUUGUGAAUCGCACAUUUCUUUAGAGACCUCUCCUCAGCACGGCGUAGCAGUUUCAAUGUUGAAUCCCAAAAGAUCAAAGAUUAGGGACUCGGUUGUCGGAAUCGAAAGGCUUUACUUAUCAUUGAUUAGAUUGCCAAGAUGA